AUGCCAAACAUUAACACAUAACACAAUAGCUCUUUCACAGAUACAAAAACGAAAAGUCAAUAAAUAAAAUAAAUGAAUUUACAGAAUAUAUUCCCAAAGUCUCAGAUAAGAUAGAACCUAAAUAAUAAAAAACAAAAUAAAUAAAUACUAAUAGCUAAUACAAAAUCAUUACAUCAUAAAAUGCCAGAUAGUACAUCAAAUAUCUUUUCAUAGUAAUCUAAAAAUUGUGUAUUCUUUUUAUUUUUAACCAGGGCUAAGGAUUUAUGAAGUGAAUUAAAUUCAACCAAAAAAUGAGGAAAGGUUGGCUGGAGGCUGCAAAUUUUUGCUUAUGAAUAAAAUAUUUUCCCAGUAAAAUGAAAAGAAUCACUAAAUACUAAGCAGAAUAAACCUAUAGGCUGCGUUUCACUAGUAACUGACGUCAUUCAUUGAUUAGAGCAGCUGACAGUUUGGGGGGUCUGGAGCUGCAGCUCAUUGAAGUGAAGCCUCCCGCUUCUGUGUGCACACUCGUACAGUAGUAAGAGUCAGAGUGAUGCGCUCUCUCCUGUCUCCGCCACUUACAAAGUGAAUUUGGAAACUUACUGUAACCUUAAUUGGAUCAAUACAGCGUUCGAGGACGCGAAUUUAAGUAAUUCAGCACCUUCUUGCCGAGAUGGGGCUGUUAGAUGACGACAUUGCCUUCCACUCCAACAUACCUGUGCCACUGGAUAUAACCGUGGGUGUGGUUUACUCUAUUUUUGGGGUAUGUUCGCUGUUUGGCAACACUACGCUGUUGUACGUCUCCUCCAGGAAAAAGCACCUCCUGAAACCAGCCGAGUACUUUAUCAUCAACCUCGCUGUUAGUGACUUGGGCCUGACUCUGUCCCUCUACCCCAUGGCGAUUACUUCAAGCUUUUACCACAGGUGGCUGUAUGGAAAAACCGUGUGCUCCAUAUACGCUUUUUGUGGCAUGUUAUUUGGCAUCUGCAGUCUGACCACCCUUACCCUGCUAAGCAUGGUGUGCUUUGUGAAAGUAUGUUAUCCGCUCUAUGGGAACAGGUUUAACUCUGUUCACGGCCGUCUGCUCAUUGCCUUCGCUUGGGUCUAUGCCCUGUUGUUUGCCUGCUCCCCGCUGGUCCACUGGGGGAACUACGGACCAGAGCCUUAUGGCACCGCCUGUUGCAUUGACUGGCGCCGGUCCAAUCAGCACUCUACAGCACGCUCCUACACUGUGGCACUGUUUGUCUUCUGCUACAUCCUUCCAUGCUGCAUUAUUAUAGCAUCCUACACCGGCAUUCUGCUCACAGUGCAUGCAUCCCGCAAGAAUUUGGAGCAGCAUGCGCCGAGGCAGACGUACAUAAGCAACGUCCAGACAAUUAUUGUGAAGCUAAGCGUUGCUGUCUGCAUCGGUUUCUUUGCGGCAUGGAGUCCAUAUGCCGUGGUGUCCAUGUGGGCUGCCUUCGGACACAUCGAGAACAUCCCUCCUCUGGCAUUUGCUUUGCCAGCCAUGUUUGCCAAGUCCUCCACCAUCUACAACCCGAUCAUCUACCUAAUGCUGAGGCCGAACAUGCGCAGGAUGAUACGCAAGGACCUGGGUACUCUAUGCCACGGCUGUCUGAAGGGCUGCCUCUGCUCCCAGGAGCCAGCUAAGCGCUGCUCCAAGCCAGAGAUCAGGGUCAGGCUUCGCUCAAUCCACAGACACACCAACCAGUUCCCUAAUUCAUCUAACUCUUCUGCUCAGCCUCCUAUGGCUGAGGAGUACAAGGGUGCCCUUGAAUGCUUUGGACACUACCCUCAAAUGUGUAGCGUCAGCAACCUGGCUGCCAGUGAAGAUACAUCUAAGGAACAAGACACUCCAGUUCCCCAAACACAUGAGCAGAAGCCUCGAAGCGUGUGCCGCAGGAAGUCUCUGGUGAACUUUAUGUGUUCAAAAAGGACUUCAGAAACAGACAACUUCCAUAUUAAUUUAGAGAUGGUUCCAGGACAUGCAAAAGUUGCUUGGCCUUGACGUUUCUCUCUGUUCAAAAUGUUUACAGAAUCUCUCUGGACAUAUUUUACAGGUAAUGUUCUUUCAGGUGAGGGAAAAACACAAUUUAUAUUUUUCAGGAAAUCUUGUUCAGCAGUGUACAUUUACUCCUUAACUGUUUGGAUAGAAGCCAUGUAACUUUAUGUUUUAUCACCCACCGGGCUUCUAUUUGGCUGAUAUGACGGCUUUUAGGUUAAAUGCUGACAGCUAUAAUUUGAAGGGUAUUUAUUUUGCAGCACAUAACUAAUCUAAUAAUAAUAUGGAUUUACUGCAAAAAGUGCCAAAAAGUACCAGUCUAUAUGUGAGUACAGGCUGAACACAGCAGGAUUUAAGGAUUAAAAAAUACUAAAAUACUAAAAUUACUAGUUUGGUUAAAUUGGAUGCAAAGCAACUUUCAAUACUAACAAUAACUUGGAUAUAACUUGUUAGGACUGUCAGUUUAAUUUUUUAAGGCCCGAAAAACAGUUAAUUCCUGUUGUUAGAUAUUCAUGACUAUAAGCGACAAUCAAAGUUUAAAAAAAACAUCUUUGGGUGGCAUUUAUCAAAAGUCUUGCGUUUAAAAACUCCACCAACUGUCUAUCUUCAAAUGUCCUUUUUCAAAAUUAGCCCCACCCAUUUCAAAAUCAGUGACAGGAGCACCAAGAAAAAACAUAAAUACAGAAACCUGUAUUGUGAAAUAAAUAACCAAAACUUUUUUACCUGAAUAUUCAAAAUAAUACAUAUUUAUAUUAAAAUGACAAAAUACAAAAAUUUGUGCAGCAAUUAAGUAUUAUUCUGGGUUUCAGCUGUCUAAAAAUGACACAUAAUAAACUAAUAAACACAAAACAUGAGUAAUGUAUAUUUUAACUGUUGAUCCUACGGUGAAUAGUACUCUCAAAUUAAUAGUCUUUGGUGUGCAAAUACUUGUGGACAUUAUAAAGUCUAAGGCUUCAUCUGAAAUCAACCACAUAUGUACUCCAACUAAUUCAUACUAAGUAUGGUCAGAAAAGCCCAAAUGUGAUACUAGAUUAGCAAGAUUUUUUGAUUAUGAGAUGUGAGCUAACUGGAUACAUUUUGAACUCCCUCCAAAAUGCAUUACAUCACCUCAGACUGUCCGAUGGCGGACUGUGAGGCAGACGGUUAAAAUAAUGAAUGGGUUGGAUAGAAUAAUUAUGAAUACAGGUACAGUUAAGAGGAGAAAUGUUGCAGCUGACAUGUAUAAUGUACUAUGGAAAAAAUAUUUUACACUAAAAUAUCUUAUGAUUUGCCUUGAAAUGGUCCUGGAAAAUAUUAAAUUGAAUGGAAGAGGUAAUGCGAUUUACAUUUGUAACAGAAAGUCUUGACCUUACUUCAGUGUUAACAGUCUGCUGUUAAUAGCGUAAUUAAUCGUUGAUUUAGUCGGCAUUAAACACUACAUACUGAUUGAGAAUGUAGUACAUUAGUAUGCGAACACAACCACUGGAUAAUUUGCUAUCAUGUUCAUAGAUAAACCUAGGUUAGGUCUCAGGGAAUCAGGGAACAGGCUGGGAACAGUGGGAAGACUCACUCGUAUAGUUACGAUACUGUAGUAUCUCAAUCGUCAAAUACACGUUUAUCUUGGAGCAUGGCUUUUUUGAUUUCCAUGGUCAGGACUCUUCUGGUUAAUUAUUACCACAACACACCAUGGGAAAAAAGCCAUCUCAUUUCAAAGCUGUUAACACUUGUUUUACUAUGCCAGCCCAGGUAUUGUUUACACUGACAACUGCAGGUAUAUAGUUUAUGGUGCUUGAUCAAUCUAUGUACACACUGUGUAGAACACAACGCUGCUGCAUAUCAUUAUUAUGGCACUGCACAUUAGUUUGUCUUUAUGUACUCUGUUAACUUUAGUCUUGUUAUACAAUGAAGAAUAAAUUAGUAUACUGCCUCACAAUACUGUAUAUAUUUGUAAUUGCAAUUAGGGUUACAAAGGGGUGAAAAUUUGCUAGGGAAUUAUAGAAAUAUUGGAAUUAUGGAAAUUAAUGGGAAUUAAUGGGAAUUAACUGGAAACUGGGCGUAAUUAAACAAACUGUCAUAUCCAAACAUAAAUAUAAACAUUUUGUUCCGCAUAAGCAGACAUCCAUGCAAAAUAAUACAAUGAAAAAACAUUUCAACAGAUUUAUUUGUAAGUAGAACUUAAUCAAGUUUUAAUUAUUUUAACAAUUAUUGUAUAUUAAGUUAUAU